AUUAAGCUGGCGCCACCUAUUGAAAACAAAAAUGGUGGCCAACAAUAUGCCCUAUCCCUGCCCUGGUUUUAUGGCACGCCAAAUGUCUGCGUUCUCUAGGCUUCUUUCUACUAUGUAUUUCCCUCCGUCUGAUACACCCAAUUUCGAUGUGAACAAAGGGAAUCAUUUCCUCGCGAUCGACCCUAUCUUACGUGCUAAAUAAGUGGGGCUACUUCUAACCAAACCGAAGGAAACAGAAAAUAAACAAUCUAGCAUUGUGGCAAUGCAAUAAGAAGCAAAAUCCUAUAUGCUUUAUUAAUACAAAGCACAAGAUAGAUGUUUUAUUUUGCUACAUACUACGUACAAAUUAUAUAAAAAAUUUCCUGUCGUCUAUGUAACAUGUAUCACCAAAACCAUUUAAUAUAUUUAUUGAAAUGUCAAAUAAUCACAGGGUCAUAUUAGGUUGUUGAAUUUUAUAUAAAUUGGUAAUGACAGAUAGAGCACACACAAUGAGGUUGGAAGCAGAAAUGGCUGCUCCUUUGCAUUUGCAAAGAUUAGAGCGUAGUCUUAACGUACAGCCUUUUUUAAGGCAAAUUAAUGAAUUGUUUCAAGACCCAACUAGUGAGGAUGAUAAAUCUGUAUCAUCAGAAUCUUCUGAAGGAUCAGAUAAUUAUCUCGAUAAUGUUUUGAUUCGAAAAGAAGAAGAAAGAAUAAAUAAACUGAGACUCUAUAACAUGACAAGUGUGGGAGAAGAACGACAUUGGUUACAGGAUAUUUUAUUAAGUGAUUCGUCAGAUAGUUCUGCUUCAGGGUCUGAUACAGAUAAUCCCAUUACGGAAGAAGAUUUUCAAGAAAUGUUGAAGUAUCAUAUACUUAGGAAAAAAUAUCAAGCACGUUUUUAUCAAAAACCAGAAAAUAUUCAGUAUCAAUACUAUAGUGCUGGUUUGUUAUCCAAUUAUGACAGAUUUUUAGAACAUCAAAAAUUAAUAGUUGGAAAUAAAAAGAAAAAAGAAAAGAAACCAGAAAAGAAAGUUAUGAAAAUAAAAAAAGAAAAGAUAUCGCGUCAUAGAUCUUCUGAAGAUUAUCCUGAAGGCGAUUAUCCAGAUGAAGAUUGGGAUCGUACUAUCCCUAGAGAAGAGGAAUUAGAUGAAGCUGAAUUGGAAGCAAUAAUGCGUCAUCAACCUCGUCAGCGCGGUAGAAAAAAACAUAACAAUAAAAGUCCAGAAGUAAUGGCAAUGAGAAGAAGAAAGAUUUGGGUAAUGAUGUCUAAAAAAGAAUUAGGAAAAGUACAAAGAGCAAAAACCAAUAAUCAUAAAGAAAUGUUAAUUAGUUGUAAAAAAGUAGCACAACAUUGUAUGAAAUAUUGGAGACAAAAAGCUAUGCAAUCUCAAAAGAACAUGAAAGAGACUAUAUGGAGAGCUAAACGUCUCACAAGAGAAAUGCAAUCUUAUUGGAAACGUUAUGAUCGAGUUGAACGUGAAACAAGAAGAAGAUUAGAAAAAGAAGCUGAAGAACAGCGAAAAAUGGAUGUCGAACUUAUCGAGGCAAAACGGCAACAAAGGAAAUUAAAUUUUCUUAUUACACAAACUGAACUUUAUGCUCAUUUUAUGUCUCGAAAAUUAGGAAAAGCUUCUCCUGAAGAACAAUUAAGAAUUUUAAAUCAAUUAGAUGAAGAAAAAAAUCCAAGACUUGUUGGAAUUGAUGAUUAUGAUAGUGAAGCUAUGAAACAGAAAGCAAAAAAGAAUGCUACAGAAGCAUUUGAUAAUGAAAAAGCUCGAGCAAAACAAUUUGAUACAGCAGCUGCAUCUCAAGAAUUACGUCUUAGUGAUACACCCGAAAAUUUAGAACAUCCACAACCUUCGAUUUUUAAGGGAAAUCUUAAAGGUUAUCAACUAAAAGGAAUGAAUUGGUUAGCUAAUUUAUAUGAUCAGGGUAUUAGCGGUAUUUUGGCUGAUGAAAUGGGUUUGGGUAAAACUGUACAAUCCAUAGCUUUUUUAUGUCAUGUUGCCGAAAGAUAUUCUGUAUGGGGGCCAUUUUUAAUUAUAUCACCGGCUUCAACAUUACAUAAUUGGCAGCAAGAAAUGGCACGAUUUGUUCCAAUGUUUAAAGUAGUUCCAUAUUGGGGUAAUCCACAAGAACGAAAAAUAUUAAGACAAUUUUGGGAUACUAAAGAUUUACACACGAAAGAGGCUUCAUUUCAUGUAGUGAUAACAAGCUAUCAAUUAGUUAUUACAGAUUAUAAAUAUUUUAAUAGAAUAAAAUGGCAAUAUAUGAUCUUAGACGAAGCACAAGCUAUAAAAAGCACUAGCAGUAUGAGAUGGAAAUUAUUGCUUGGAUUCAGUUGUCGUAAUAGAUUGUUAUUAAGCGGAACACCUAUUCAAAAUAGUAUGGCAGAAUUAUGGGCAUUGUUACAUUUUAUAAUGCCUACUUUAUUCGAUUCUCAUGAUGAAUUUAACGAAUGGUUUUCUAAAGAUAUUGAAAGUCAUGCUGAAAAUAAAACGGGAAUUGAUGAGAAGCAUUUAUCAAGGCUACAUAUGAUUUUAAAGCCUUUUAUGUUGCGUAGAAUAAAGAAAGAUGUAGAGAAUGAAUUAUCUGAUAAAAUUGAAGUGAUGGUGUACUGUCCUCUUACUACUCGUCAAAAAUUACUUUAUUCAGCAUUAAAAAAGAAAAUUAGAAUAGAAGAUUUAUUGCAUUAUACAGUCGGUGGUGGUGAUACUGCAUCUAAUGAUAAAAAUUUUACAUCAAAUCUUAUGAAUCUAGUCAUGCAAUUUCGAAAAGUUUGCAAUCAUCCGGAACUUUUUGAGCGUAGAGAUGCAAAAUCUCCAUUUUUCAUGCAUACUGAAUGUUAUGAAAUGCCUAUAUUAUUAUAUACAGAAGGACUUAGAUAUCUUUCAUUGCCGUCUAAAGAUCAUUUGCUUUAUAAUAAGCUGUUUAUAUUUGCUACUGAAUAUAUACAUCGAACUCUUCAUGACAGCAACGAAAAAUUACAAAAUUCUUUUUCCUUUAGUAGAUUUAUCAACUUGUCUCCAAUGGAUAAUAAAGUGUUUAUCAUUGGUAUUUUAUUUAGAUUAUGUCUUGCAACUAUAAUGGAAAGAAGAAUAAAAAUAAUGCGUUAUUGGGAGGAUUGGAAUGCUGAUGAAAGGACGGAAAUUCCUAUGAAUCAAAUGUUUCUUUUAUCUAGAAAAAUUGACUCUUCGAUGCGUUCAUUGCAAGAUUUAAUAUUCACAAGAAAAAUUCUCGAAGGAGAACCUGUAUAUACACAUACAGCUCAUGUUAUUCAUUCAAUGCCAGAAACUGUUGCUCAUAGAAUUUUACGAAGCAGUAAAAAAGCUGCUAAUCAAACAUUAAAGAGAAUAAUGCCUUUAAACAAAGCUGAACAAGAAGAUACAAAAGUAACUUUGUUACCGGAACAUCCUCAUCUUCCUAGAUCACCGAUAAUACGACAUUGUCAACGAACCACCAUUCCAUCUUUUAUUUGCGAUACUUAUCCUAAGGUACAAGCUAGUCCCCGAAAACUGUAUGUUAGCAAUAGCUCUGCAGCAUGCGCAUGGAGAAGACAUGAAGAAUGUGGUGGAAAAUUUGGUCAACAACUUCUUUGGCUUGGUUGUGAAAGAGCUCUUUCUCUUGCAUUACAAGAGAAUUCCAAUUUUCGUAUGACACAGACGACAUCAACAUUUUCUGUGGAACCAAAUGGUGGAAUUUCUGCAUGUACUCCCAUAAAUGGAUGGUCAAAUAUCAUAGUACCAGAUAAACAAACAUUGGUGACAGAUGCCGGAAAACUUUCCGUCUUAGACAGUCUUCUUCGUCGUCUUAAAGAACAAGGUCAUCGUGUCCUUAUUUACUCCCAGAUGACUAAAAUGAUCGAUUUGUUAGAGGAAUAUAUGUAUCAUAAAAAGCAUACAUUUAUGAGAUUAGAUGGUUCUUCUAAAAUUUCUGACCGACGAGAUAUGGUUGCAGAUUUUCAAAAAAGGGCGGACAUAUUCGUCUUUCUGUUGAGUACCCGAGCUGGAGGCCUGGGAAUAAACCUCACUGCCGCAGACACAGUGAUCUUUUACGAUAGCGAUUGGAAUCCCACAGUGGAUCAGCAAGCUAUGGAUCGUGCCCAUAGGCUAGGUCAAACGAAACAGGUUACGGUAUAUCGAUUAAUUUGCAAAGGUACUAUCGAGGAAAGGAUAUUACAACGUGCUCGAGAAAAAAGUGAGAUACAACGCAUGGUAAUUAGUGGAGGAAAUUUUAAACCAGAUACUUUGAAGCCUAAGGAAGUUGUUUCCCUUUUAUUAGAUGACGAGGAAAUCGAAGCAAAAUAUAGUCAACGGAGCGAGGAGAGAAAACAACACGCGGAGGAUGCCCGCUUCGAGUCGAACUUAUACCACAAGGAGAGAGAGCGGAAAAGGAAGUUAACCGCGCUUCCGGUUAAAGGUGAUGUAAAGAAGCCUUGUCUAUCUGAUGCAAAUGGAGACAAGAUUGGGGAUAUUAUUCAAAUUAAUUCUAAUGAAAGUAGUCAAGCUAAUACUGGUGUUCAAUCAUAUCAAAUUAACAAUCAUCAACAAAUUCUCGAUAAUGCAGACGAUUACAGUGUGCCAACCAGUCCUAUUAAAUCGGAGGAUGAGACGAGUAACGAUGGUUUAGUUGUUGAUGUCGAUGGUCCAGUGGGAGCGUCCUCUGGUGAUACUCGACAAUCACGAGCGGCUCAAUUUGGAGAUCCAACUAAAGUCAAUCGUCUCGAUCAUCACAUGUCUUUCACUAGUGGAUCUAGUGUUCGAAUAAGGCCUACAAUUCGUGGUACCAGCAAAAGAGGAAGACCUCGUGGUUCUCGCAGAGGAGGACCCGUUGGUGGGAAAGGUAGAGGUCUCCUUCUACUUCAUCCACCAUCCACAGGUCUUGGAAGUAGUCCACAAUCACCGGCAUCUUUAUCUCCAACCAGUACUACUUUAAACGAUCAAACAUUACAACAUGGUGAGUAUUGUGUUCAUUAGAUUUAUUUCUCAUUGAAGAAGGUGUUUAUUAAUGCCAAGUAUUGAGAAAGAAAGUGUACUCAUUAAUGACGAUAGUUUUCUUUCCACUCGAUAUUCCAAACGACGAUAGGCCGAAAUCUAUUACAAAAUGAAAAUGUAUUAUUAGAGUAUUGUAUAUUCUGUCAAGGAUUUUUUUGAAAAAUGUACAAAAAUGUAAAUUGAAUCAUUUUGAG